CCCAAUUUCAAGUUAUCAGAAACCGGUGUCUGUUUGUCCGUCCGUCCGUCUGUCUGUCUGUCCGCCCGCGUUUGAUUCACAAUGUCUGGAAGUCCUGCGGUGGUUAUGCGGCUGGUGGCCUCUGCCUACUCUGUGGCUGAAAAGGCUGGGUCCAUUGUGAGGAAGGUUCUUCACAGUGGAGACCUUGGCAUUGUGGAAAAGACAGGAGCUAAUGAUCUGCAGACGCUGGCCGACAGACUAGCUCAGCAGAGCAUUUGUGCUUCAUUGUCCAGACGCUUCCCAAAAAUCACCAUCAUUGGAGAGGAGGAGCUUCCAUUUGAGGAGGCAAAGGAGGACCUCAUUGAGAAUGGCCAGGCAGAGGAAAUCCUCCAGAAGAGCUGUCCAGCAGAAUACAGUGGACUGAAAGAGGAGGAGCUUGUGGUGUGGGUUGAUCCUCUUGAUGGCACAAAGGAAUAUACAGAAGGGCUCCUGGAUAAUGUGACAGUGCUUAUUGGUAUUGCAUAUGGAGGCAGAGCUAUAGCAGGUGUCAUCAACCAGCCUUUCUACAACUACCAGCUUGGAGCAGGAGCGGGUUUAGGAAGAACCAUGUGGGGAAUGCUGGGACUGGGCGCCUUUGGAUUUCAGCUGAAGGAAGUUCCAGGUGACAGACGAAUCGUCACCACCACCCGUUCCCAUAGUAACAAGGUGGUAACGGACUGCGUAGAUGCCAUGGAGCCGCAUGAAGUUAUAAGAGUGGGUGGUGCUGGAAAUAAGAUAAUCCAGCUUGUUGAGGGAAAGGCGUCUGCUUAUGUCUUUGCUAGUCCGGGAUGCAAGAAGUGGGACACCUGUGCUCCUGAAGCCAUCCUCCAUGCAGUGGGAGGUAAACUGACUGACAUGCAUGGUAAUGCAUACUGCUACGACGCUAACGUAAGGCACAUGAAUUCUGCUGGCGUUCUCGCUACACUACGCAACCACGAGUACUACGUCAGCAGAGUACCACAGUCAGUGCUGCAAGCCCUCAAGACAGAUUGAGGUCUGUCUAAAUCAGGAAACACAUUAAUGCUCCACUGUGGGGCAGAAAAAUUAGCAUGUAAAAACAGGUUAAGAUCCAUCCAUAGACAGGGUUGUGUGUCUGAAAAUGUUAUCAAAUCUAUUUUUUACAUAAAGUCGACAUUUUUUUUAUUCCUCCAAAUCAACUUUGUUUGACCUCUGUCUUAUAUAUGAUUUCA